AUGAGCGUCAGCGAGAGCCGCAACGUCGCCAUUGUGGGAGUUGGCUCGUCUAUGUCCAGAUCCCUCGCUAUCUGGCUAGCGAGCCUAGGGUGGAAUAUUGCCCUCGUGUCACGUUCCGAGAAGAGCCUGUCGGCCAUCGCUGAUGAGGUGAGACAGGCCCAGAAGGGCAAGAACGGCAAGGUCAUUUACCGGACCGCCGACGCUAGCGAGCCUGCAGCUUUGAAGGCUACACUUGACUGGUGUGUCCAAAAACUUGGUGGCAAGUUGGACGUUCUGAGCUACAAUGCCGCCCGAGUCGCACCCUCUGAUAUCACCGAGAUUUCCCCCGAGGAGUUGGAGCAAGACUUUAAGGUCGCAGCCGUGGGUACUCUGGUCGCUGGUCAGUGGUUUGCCGCCGGCAACGCCAGAGUCGAUCGGAUCGCAGAGGGUGAAUAUCCGCUUUUCCUCGUAACAGGUGGAAACCUGGACAAAGAACCGGAACCUUUCGUGGCCUCGCUAUCCACUGCCAAAGCGGCUUCUCAAACACUCAGCCGCUUGUUUGCGAAGGUCCUACCCGAGAAGGCCAACAUUUUGGUCGGUAUGCCUCUAAUUGCAGGAGCACUUAUCAAUCCUAUGACUGGUGAAUAUAACGAGCAAUUCCACCCGGAAAAUAUCAUUCCUAAAGCUUUCAAGCCGUUCUUUGAGGAUCGUGAGAAUCGCCGUGAUGGAAAGGCGGGUUGGACUGUGGAGAGGCUGUACUAG